AUGGCAGGCAACGGAAUCCAAUACACCCCUCCUCCUUCGCCGCCCUCCCCGACGGCCUCGUACUACGACGUCAGUGACGAUGAGGAGGAUGAAUACAACACCAUUUCUCACUCUACAUCACGCAGAGGAGUCAAGCUCUUAUUUUCCAAGAGCAAGGUCUACGUCCAUCCAACUCCUUCCUCGAAAGAUAACAUCCCCGGAUUUAUUGCCCUCGUCCAACAAAAGCCCCUCCCCCCUCUGAGAGGUACUACCUCCGGAAACUCCUCGUCGGAUCUCUCUUCCUACCUGCUAGCAUGGGUGCCCGAAUCUUCCUUGGGUGAUGCAUACAGUACCUAUGUCAAAGUCGAUCUAUCCGACGGUUCUUCCCCUCCCCGACAGAAAUACCUGGUGCCCGCUCUUCCGACGACAACGACCUAUAAGGACCCGAUCGGCCUCUACGCAUUCGCAGUUCCUCUGUCUGAAAUAUAUUCCCUCCUUGUGCGACCUCCGAGUCUAGGCUGGUGGUUUGGGAGUCUUGUGAUCAACACCCGCGCAGGCGACAGCUUCCCCGCGCUGUUCUUCCAUGACACAGAGUGCGAGUCCACAAUUCUGCAGAAGAAAAAGCGAACCAGGGAGAGCUUUGAUCCCUUUGGUGAGGACGGAAAUGUCUUCUGGGGCGGGGAUGAGGUUCUGCGAUGGCUGCGGAAAUACGCGGAGGUCCAGCGCUCGGCCGUGGACAAUAGUGUAUAUCUGAUUAACCCAUCGGAUGAAGACCGCAUAUCAUUUGGACGACCUCUAACUGCAGAUGGCUCGACUGUCAAAGCUCAGGAGGAACCGGCUGCCGUUGCUCAGGCGAGCGGAAGCGGCCAACGCGAUGCGGGGAUGGACCCCUUUGUGAAAGCACUCAAGGAGACGAGGUGGAAGGUCCUCGAGCAGCUGAGCAAGAUCACAACCUUCACAAGGCGUACCGCCAACGAGUUAGCGGACAACCCUCGGAUACCCCCACAAGUCCGCCGUCUGAUGAGGACACCUGAAAUUCAGACUUUACAGGACGAGUUCGAUAGCGCCAGGCUAUACUUAGCACGGUGGGCCAUGAGCAUAUCAGAGCAAAGUGAACGCGAAAGAAACCAACGGAUAUACACUGCCCAAGAUGUCCUUAGCAUGGAGAACAGUUCUGUUGGAGAUUUCGAGAUCCUUGACCUCGAGACAGGUACCAUGUCUAUCCAGGACCGUCGGAAGACACUCACUCUGAAAGAAUGGGAGGGCUUCUUUGACCCGACUACUGGAAGACUGCAUGUAACCGUUGACGAAGUUAAGGAAAGGAUAUUCCAUGGUGGCUUAGAUCCGAAUGAUGGUGUUAGGAAAGAAGCAUGGCUCUACCUUCUAGGCGUAUAUCCGUGGGAUAGCAGCCACGAGGAGCGACAAGCGUUGAUGAACUCGAAGCGGGAUGAGUACAUCCGGCUUAAAGGCGCCUGGUGGGAACGGAUGAUUGAAGGCACUUCUUCGGCGGAAGAGUUCGAUUGGUGGAAAGAGCAGAGAAAUAGAAUAGAAAAGGAUGUUCAUCGCACAGACCGUACGAUACCCCUGUUUGCUGGAGAAGACAUUCCCCACCCGGACCCAGAUUCGCCUUUUGCGGAUACUGGCACAAAUGUGCAUCUCGAGCAGAUGAAGGAUAUGUUGCUUACAUACAACGAAUACAACCCGGACCUGGGCUACGUGCAAGGCAUGAGUGAUCUUCUCGCCCCGAUCUAUGCUGUCAUGCAGGAUGAUGCAGUGGCAUUCUGGGCAUUCGUUGGUUUCAUGGACAGAAUGGUAAGCUCCAUGGCAGUCAAUCCUACUUUUUAUCAUGCUGAUGCGUACAAACAGGAGCGGAACUUCCUCCGCGACCAAUCUGGCAUGCGCGUACAACUUCUCACUCUAGACCACCUCGUUCAACUCAUGGAUCCUCAACUCUACCUCCACCUCCAAUCCGCCGACAGCACAAACUUUUUCUUCUUCUUCCGGAUGCUCCUGGUCUGGUACAAGCGCGAAUUCGAAUGGCCAGACGUGUUACGUCUGUGGGAAACACUAUGGACCGAUUACCUGUCCAGCAGCUUCCACUUGUUCAUCGCACUUGCAAUCCUCGAAAAACACCGAGAUGUCAUAAUGGACCACCUAAAGCAGUUCGACGAAGUCCUGAAGUACAUCAACGAACUCUCCAACACAAUGGAACUCAUCCCCAUCCUCACACGCGCCGAAUCCCUAUUCCACCGCUUCGAACGAGCCGUCCAAGCCAUCGACAAGAAAAACAACUUCCCUGCACCUGCCGCCCACCAACGCAAGCCCACACAAGACUCCUCCACCAGCACAAACAACAAAGGCAAAUCGCCUCAACGACCUCAAAGCACCGCCUUCAGCAGCGGCGUCAGUGCCGGCCCCAGCUCAGCACCCGACAGUGACGGAGAAACGAAAGUCGUCUCCCCGGAGCUGAGGGAACUGUUCCACAAGGACAUCCCAUGGGCACGUAAAUCGCCUCCGAAACAGCAGCAGCAGCAGGAAGAGCCUGCAAAGGGAGGGUCGUCGUAG